AUGAUUCUCAGAGAGCUCGGGUCCAGCUCCUCGCUUCAGCCCCGCGCCCCCGUCCCGGGCCUCGCUGGGGGACAGCACCCCGCCCUCCGGGUCCUGGCGGCUGCGACCCGGGAGCCCGGCCCCCUGGGCGGCCUCCGAAUCCGCCGGGCCCCAGGCUUGGAGAUUCGCCGCCGCCGCCGCCGCCGCCGGCAGAGUGCGCCUGGCGGGUCGUGGCCAGGGCAGGUCCCAGGUGGCGGGAGAGGACAGGGCCCUGUUUCCCAGCCUGAUACCCUGGGCCACCAGAAGAAAGUGGUGUCAUGGAUAGACGUGUAUGCCCGUGCCACCUGCCAGCCACGGGAGGUGGUGGUGCCCCUGACCGUGGAGCUCAUGGGCACCGUGGCCAAGCAGCUGGUGCCCAGCUGUGUGACUGUGCAGCGCUGUGGUGGCUGCUGCCCUGAUGAUGGCCUGGAGUGCGUCCCCACCGGGCAGCACCAAGUCCGAAUGCAGAUACUCAUGAUCCGUUACCCGAGCAGUCAGCUGGGUGAGAUGUCCCUGGAAGAACACAGCCAGUGUGAAUGCAGACCAAAAAAAAGAGAGAGUGCUGUGAAGCAGGACAGGGCUUCCACUCCCCGCCACCGUCCCCAGCCCCGCUCUGUUCCGGGCUGGGACUCUGCCCCCGGAGCACCCUCCCCAGCUGACAUCACCCAUCCCACUCCAGCCCCAGGCCCCUCUGCCCACGCUGCACCCAGCGCCGCCAGCGCCCUGACCCCCGGACCUGCCGCUGCCGCUGCCGACGCCGCAGCCUCCUCCGUUGCCAAGGGCGGGGCUUAGAGCUCAACCCAGACACCUGCAGGUGCCGGAAGCUGCGAAGGUGACACGAUGCCUUUCAGACUCAGCAGGGCCAUUUGCCUCACAGGCCACACCCCAGAGGGGGACAAGAGGGCACCAUGCUGAGAAGCGCCCAGUCCCUAGACCUCAGCGUGGUCAGAAGGUGCUCCUGGACCUGGGCUCUCAGAGAACUUUCCAGCUGUCCCUGGUCUCUCCCAAGGCUGCCAUCCAACAGGGUGGGCCGCUGGACGGCAAGACAUGAGACAUGUCAGCGCCAGGGGUCACGGACUAAUUCGGGAGAGAAGGGGUCCCGUCUCGAUCUGCAACCACCACGUGUGAGUGAGCGUCUUCCAGCCGGCUCCACUGUCCCCUCCCCGAGGCACCGAUCCUCUGCAAACACUGGGGAGUUGGACUUCUUCGGUGGAAGAACUGUGACCCCCCAACCCUGAUAAAAGAGAUGGAAGGAUCUGUC